GUUAUAGGACUAGCAGAGAGGUAUAAGAGGGGUGUAGAGGAAAAGCACCAGGCACUCUGUUAUGACCGAGAGUCAGGACGGAUCUCUUAAAGCCAGUUUUGGACCUGAUGGAGCAGCUUGGAUAUCACCUUCACUAAAGGGCUCCUUUAACGACAGCUGAAACUGAAACUGAGGGAGUGUUUGACAGAUCUCCAGAAUGGACAACAUCACAGCCAAAGCUAAUGUGGGAGUCAAGCUCAGGUGUAACAUGACCGGGCACCAUGAUUUAAUCUUCACGUUCAUCCCAAUAGUCUACAGCUGCAACUUUAUCAUCGGAAUAGUAGGCAACAGCCUGGUAGUCGCUGUCAUCUACUUCUGUUUAAAGCUAAAGAAUGUUGCGAACAUAUUUGUUUUGAACUUGGCGUUGUCGGACUUGACCUUCCUCCUCACCCUGCCCAUUUGGGCCGUAAACACUGCAACAGGCUACAAGUGGGUAUUUGGAGACUUCCUAUGUAAGGCCAUUUCUGGUAUGGCCCUCCUUAGUCUUUAUACAAGUAUUUUUCUCCUCACUGCUCUCAGCAUUGACCGCUAUCUGGCCAUCGUUCAUCCUGUCAAGUCCCGCAGGUGCCGUACUGUGGUGUACGCCCGUGUGACCUGCAUCUUGGUUUGGGUUGUGGCUUUUCUUUUAAGCCUUCCCACAGCCGUUAUCCGUGAGACCCAUUUUAUCCAGUAUAACAAUGUCACUGUAUGUGGCAUCCUAGAUGGAGAUCUUGGCAAUGUCCUGGCAGCUCUCAGUCUGAUGAAGAGUGUUCUUGGGUUCCUUCUGCCCAUCACCAUCAUCCUCACGUGCUACUGCCUGAUUGGCCGGUCUCUGCUCAAAUCACGGGACAUUCAGAGGAAUUCCAGAUGGAACGGGGACGAGGUGUUGUGCAUGCUGGCCGCCGCCGUGCUGUCGUUUUUCCUUUGCUGGACACCACAUCAGAUCUUCAACUUCUUGAAUAUGCUUGGUCUGCUGAAAGUGAUCACCAACUGCGAUGUCAUUGAGAUCAUUGACACCGUAAUGCCGUUCACCAUUUGCAUUGCCUUUUUCAACAGCUGUAUGAACCCAAUCCUGUACGGUUUUGUCGGGAAGAACUUUCGCAGGAACUUGCUGAAGCUCUUGAAGCUUUCCUCGACUUCUGUGGUGUCUCACCCCUCCCUCAGUACCAAGAUGAGCUCUCUCUCAUAUCAAACCUCGGAGACAUUACACCUCUCCGUCAAUAAAAUGUCCUCAAUACCGCAAGCCACAUGAGGAAAACACGAAGAGAUCAAUGAUUCAAUUCAGGAGAUGACUCUUGGUUAUUGUGUAUGUAUGUGUAAAUUUGAUCCAACAACAUUAUAUGUAAAGUUAACUUUUUUCACCUUCCUCACCAAAGGACAAAAUCAUGCUGAAAAUAUUAAAUAUGUGUUGUGUAAUAUUUCUUAUAUUUUAACCAUCUCAGCUGUUAAAGUGCCAUUUGUGCAAUUUAAAUGCUGUAUUUUCCACCAAUGUGAUGAAUGAAAUCUUCAUAAUUCUACACGUUUUAAAUCUGAAAUGGAUUGUCUCAUAGCUCCACUGAUCAGACCAGGGGUUUACAAACAUUUUUUUUUUUUUUUUUAUGGCACAUACCCCCAAAUAUGAUGAUCUCCUAUAUAAUUUAUAUAUACAUUUUUUAUACAUUAACAUUAACAAGUUUUUAUAAACUGCUUUUUUUUUUCUACACACGUUAUUUAUAUAAUUGACAGAAUGGGUUUCUUAUUUUAUUAUUGAUUCACUAUGACAGUCUCAUGAUUUCUGAUCAGUCUUUAGAAGGAAAAACGAAACACCAAUAGUAUCAAGUUCUGUCAUUUUAUUUAUUUAAAUUGAUGUAAUUGACCAUUUAAAAAAAAAAAAUCUCCCCUUGUGGCUCCCUGAGGCUCCCUGAAUUAGACUAUGGCACGCGGUCUAACAAGACAUGGUAGUUUCACAUUGUGUAUGCUGUGCUAUCAUGUUCAUCACUGUUUAAUCUUGAUAUGAAUUAUCAUCUGAUAAAUGUUUUAUUUUUCUUACACCACUUGUAAUGGUUAGUUGGUAAAACUGUAUUUUGCAACAUGCUGUUCUAUAUAAUGUACCCGAGUCUGAAAAUGUUAAGUGGUGU